AUGGCCUGGUUUUCCAUUCUCCCCGACCAUCUGAGCCAGUUCGAGACUUGGCUGGCUCGCGUCUUUAUCCUCCUUGGUAUCUUCACCAUCGGCCCUUGGGCCGCCUUGAUCGUCUACGACAUCAUCCUCUACGUUUUCCGCUCAGUCACGUACGAGAUACCUUUUAUUGGGGGGAGAGCACAGGGGAAAAGACGCCCGCGCGCUCCAAGCCUCUCGGAAAGGCCAAACGGAAAUCGCCGGCGGUUCAGCAUC